GCCUCCUCCCGAUCCAGCCCGCCGCAGGAGGAGGGCAGCGGGUGGGACGACGCGUGGUGCUAACCAGGGCGUCCACCCCUUGCGAGGGAGCGUCUUCUCCGGGCUCAUCCCGCUCCGGAGUCGCGGAGCCACCGCAGAAGAAGAAAAGGUGCGGAGAAGCUGGUGUAAAUGACUGCUGCUGCCUCCCAGAGCAAGAUAACCUGCUCAGUCAGCUGGAGCCCCCUGCGGACAGCUGUCUCGCUUUUAGCUGAUGGAAAACUGCUACUAACCGCUGAAUGGAAGAGCGUGGAGCAGCAACCAUACUAGCAGCCUCCGCUGCAGCAUCAAGAGCGAGCGAGGACUCUAUUGUUCCCUGCUGUUAAACAGUUUUUCAUUUUCAACUGCCAUGCACAGAAGUGGGAGAGAGGUUUCCCAUCCCCUUCUCCUGGUGAAGACGUUCUGAAGAAGGGAAUAUUAUUUGAAGAAGGUUUCACGGUCGCGCUGCAGGUUUUGAAGGCAGCAUCGGGCUGCUGGAGGCAUGGGGUUGAGCAAGGGGAGCGCUGCUUUCUGCCGUGGUCCAGGGGUUUCCACUGUGCCAGCCCGGUGCGUGGGAGUUCUUGUCCUUCUGCUGCUGGGAAUCUGGGACGCUUAUGCACAAAGUGAAUUUCAAACUUCAUCGGUGUAUUUGUGGAAGACUGGUCCGUGGGGGAGAUGCAUGGGAGAUGAAUGUGGUCCAGGGGGCAUUCAGACGCGAGCAGUGUGGUGUGCCCAUGUGGAGGGCUGGACCACGCUGCCCACGAACUGCAAGCAGCCGGAGCGGCCAGACAACCAGCAGAGCUGUUUUCGGGUCUGCGACUGGCACAAGGAGCUGUAUGAUUGGCAGAUUGGCAGCUGGAACCAAUGUCGGCCUGUCCUCUCUCGGAGCCAUGAGAAGCCCCAGGAGUGCCUCAGAGGGGAGGAAGGGAUCCAGACAAGGGACAUCACCUGUAUUCAGAAGUCCAAUGGAGUGCCAGCUGAGGAUGUCAUCUGCGAGUAUUUUGAACCGAAGCCUCGCCAAGAGCAGGCAUGCCUCAUCCCGUGCCGGCAGGACUGCAUCGUGUCUGAAUUUGCCCCCUGGUCUGAGUGCUCCAAGACCUGUGGCAAUGGACUUCAGCAUCGAACAAGGCAUGUUGUGGCUCCACCACAGUUUGGUGGGUCUGCUUGUCCUAACCUCACCGAGUUUCAGAUCUGUCAGUCUAGCCCAUGCACUGGUGAAGAAAGCCUGUAUAGCCUAAAUGUGGGACCUUGGAGCCCGUGCUCAGUGCCCCAUUCAAGACAAAUAAGGCAAACAAGGAAACGAGGGAAGAACAAAGACAAGGAAAAGGACCGAGAAAAGGCAGUUCGGGAUCCUGAGGCUCGUGAGCUAAUUAAGAAGAAAAGGAAUCGAAACAGACAGAGUAGACAGGAGAACAAAUAUUGGGACAUACAGAUUGGCUACCAAACCAGGCAGGUCACAUGUACUCACAGAAAUGGGAAAACUGCUGCUCUGAGCUUCUGCAAACAAGACAAGUUGCCCAUUACAUUCCAGUCCUGUGUGAUCAUGAAAGAGUGCCAGGUGUCAGAGUGGUCAGAAUGGACCCCCUGCUCCAAAACCUGCUUUGACAUGACAACUCCUAAAGGGAAUCGUACAAGAUCACGGACCAUUAAGCAGCUCCCUAUCGGCAGUGAAAACGACUGCCCUCAAUUAGAAGAAACAGAGCAGUGUGUGACUCAAGGAGACGGUGUGGCACCAUGCAUUACGUACGGUUGGCGGACCACAGAGUGGACAGAAUGCCGUGUUGAUCCUCUCCUUAGCCAACAGGACAAGAGGCGAGGAAAUCAGACAGCACUGUGUGGAGGUGGCAUUCAAACCCGGGAAAUGUACUGCGUGCAAGCUAAUGAAAAUCUCCUCUCCUAUUUAAAUACCCUCAAGGAAAAAGAAGCCUCGAGGCCAGUAGACCGUAAUCUGUGUACAGGACCUCUUCCCAGCACCUCCCAGCUGUGCCAUAUCCCCUGUCCUACAGAGUGUGAGACCUCAGCAUGGUCAGCCUGGGGACCAUGCACCUAUGAAAGCUGUGAUGAGCCUCAGGCCAAGAAGGGCUUUAAACUAAGGAAACGACGCAUCACCAAUGAGCCUACAGGAGGAACAGGAAACUGCCCUCAUCUGCUAGAAGCCAUUCCGUGUGAAGAGCCAUCUUGCUACGACUGGAGAAUUGUGCGACUGGUGGAGUGCAUUCCUGACAACGAGAAGACCUGUGGCCCUGGUACACAGGUUCCUGUUGUCGUCUGCAUCAACAGUGAUGGAGAAGAGGUUGACAGACAGCUGUGUAGAGAUGCAAUCUACCCAAUCCCGGUUGUCUGCGAAGCUCCAUGCCCAAAGGAUUGUGUGCUCAGCAUGUGGUCUGCGUGGUCCUCCUGCUCACACACCUGCUCUGGCAAAACCACAGAAGGGAGGCAGAUGCGUGCCCGCUCCAUUCUGGCAUAUGCAGGUGAAGGAGGAAUACAGUGCCCAAACAGUAGUGCCCUACAGGAAACACGCAGCUGUAACGAGCACUCUUGCACUGUGUAUCAUUGGCAGACAGGCCCGUGGGGACAGUGCAUAGAGGAUUUGUCUGUCUCUGCUUUCAACUCCUCUGCCAGCUGGAAUGGAGAGGCCACCUGCUCCGUAGGGAUGCAGACAAGAAAAGUAAUCUGUGUCAGAGUCAACGUGGGACAAGUGGGCCCAAAAAAAUGCCCUGAAAGCCUCCGACCAGAAACUGUGAGGCCUUGUCUGCUUCCCUGUAGGAAGGACUGUAUUGUGACUCCAUUCAGUGACUGGACAUUGUGUCCUUCUUCAUGUCAAGAAGGGGGUGUCACGGUAAAGAAACAGUCCCGUCACCGAGUCAUCAUCCAGCUUCCCGCCAACGGUGGUCGUGAGUGCCCAGAUUCUUUGUUCGAGGAGAAGGAGUGUGAAACUUCUCCCAUCUGCUAUAGCUACAGAUGGAAGACCCACAAGUGGCGCAGGUGCCAGCUAGUACCGUGGUACGUGCGCCAAGACAGUCCAGGAGCACAGGAGACUUGUGGGCCUGGGCUACAAGCAAGAGCAAUUACUUGUCGCAGACAAGACGGAGGACAGGCUGACAUCAGUGAGUGCCUUAAAUACGCUGGCCCAUUACCAUCCUUAACACAGACGUGCCAGAUUCCCUGCCAAGACGACUGUCAGUUUACAAACUGGUCCAAGUUUUCUUCCUGUAAUGGGGACUGUGGAGGAGUCAGGACAAGAAAACGCACUCUUGUUGGAAAAAGUAAGAAAAGAGAUAAAUGCAAAAAUUCUCAGUUGUAUCCUCUGAUUGAGAAUCAGUUUUGUCCAUGUGACAAGUACAGUGCUCAGCCUGUGGGAAAUUGGUCAGACUGUAUUUUACCAGAGGGUAAGCAAGAAGUAUUGCUUGGAAUGAAGGUACAAGGAGACAUUAAGGAAUGUGGACAAGGCUACCGUUACCAGGCCAUGGCAUGCUAUGACCAAAACAAUCGACUUGUGGAAACAUCACGAUGCAACAGUCACGGUUAUAUUGAGGAAGCCUGUAUUAUUCCAUGUCCCUCAGACUGCAAGCUCAGUGAAUGGUCCAACUGGUCUCGCUGCAGUAAAUCCUGUGGAAGUGGGGUAAAAGUUCGGUCUAAAUGGCUGCGUGAAAAACCCUACAAUGGUGGAAGACCCUGUCCAAAGCUAGAUCAUGUCAAUCAGGCUCAGGUGUAUGAGGUAGUCCCCUGCCACAGUGACUGCAGCCAGUAUGUAUGGGUUACUGAGCCCUGGAGUGUCUGCAAGGUGACCAAUGUAGACUUAAAAGAGAACUGUGGAGAAGGUGUUCAAACGAGGAAAGUCAGGUGCAUGUUAAACACUGUGGAUGGUCCUUCUGACACUGUAGAGGACUAUCUGUGUGAUCCUGAAGAGAUGCCACUUGGUGCUAGAAAAUGCACGUUACCAUGUCCUGAAGACUGUGUUAUGUCUGAAUGGGGGUCAUGGUCUCGAUGUUCUUUGCCGUGCAAUGGAAGUAGUGUCCGUGAAAGGUCAGCUGAACCCCUGAGGCAACCAGGCGAUGGAAAGUCUUGUCCUGCUGCCACGGAGACAGAAGUCUGCACUUUGAACAAAAACUGCUACCACUAUGACUACAAUGUGACAGACUGGAGCACAUGUCAGCUCAGUGAGAAGGCUGUCUGUGGUAACGGUAUCAAAACACGGAUGCUUGAUUGUGUUCGCAGUGAUGGCAAAUCGGUUGACCUGAAGCACUGUGAAGAGCUUGGUUUGGAGAAGAGCUGGCAAAUGAAUACAUCCUGUGUGGUGGAAUGUCCUGUAAACUGUCAGCUCUCUGACUGGUCCUCUUGGUCUGAGUGUUCUCAGACAUGUGGCCUUACAGGGAAAAUGAUCAGAAGAAGAACCAUAAAUCAGCCAUUUCAGGGUGAUGGGAGGCCUUGUCCAUCUCAGAUGGAGCAAUUCAAACCCUGUCCAGUAAAACCUUGUUAUCGAUGGCAAUACGGACAAUGGUCUGCAUGCAAAGUAGAGGAUGCUCAAUGUGGAGAAGGAACACGACUGAGAAACAUUUCCUGUGUGGUUUUUGAUGGAUCCACUGAAGAUGUUGGCAAAGUAGUAGAUGAGGAAUUCUGUGGAGAAAUAGAGCCUAUUAUAGAUGGUAAUAAGAAGAUGAUACUUGAGGAAACUUGCACUGUCCCUUGUCCAGGGGACUGUUACUUGAGAGAGUGGUCAGAAUGGAGCCUUUGUCAGCUAACCUGUGUUAAUGGUGAGGAUCUCGGAUUUGGAGGCAUACAAGUCCGAUCUCGGGCAGUGAUCAUUCAGGAAUUAGAGAAUCAACAUCUCUGUCCAGAACAGGCUUUGGAAACGAGACCAUGCAAUGAUGGCCAGUGCUAUGAAUACAAAUGGAUGGCUAGCCCAUGGAAGGGAUCUUCUCGAACUGUGUGGUGUCAAAGGUCAGAUGGUCUUAAUGUCACAGGAGGCUGUUUAGUGAUGCGCCAACCAGAUGCUGACAGGUCAUGUAACCCACCGUGCAGUCAACCCCACGCUUACUGCAGUGAGACUAGAACAUGCAGUUGUGAAGAUGGAUACACUGAAGUUAUGUCCUCUGAUGGCACACUCGAACAGUGCACUCUCAUCCCAGUGGUGGUGAUCCCCACUAUGGAGGACAAAAAGGGAGAUGUGAAAACCAGUCGAGCUGUGAACCCCACCCAGCCCUCCAGUAACCAGUCAGGACGAGGAAGGACCUGGUUUCUACAGCCUUUUGGACCAGAUGGGAGGCUGAAGACCUGGGUUUAUGGUGUAGCUGCUGGUGCAUUUGUUUUACUCAUCUUUAUUGUUUCUAUGAUCUAUCUAGCCUGCAAAAAGCCAAAGAAGCCCCAGAGAAGGCAGAACAACCGACUGAAACCUUUAACCUUGGCUUAUGAUGGAGAUGCAGAUAUGUAAAAAAUAACUUCUCAUGGUGACAAAUGGAGUGUAAAUUAACGGAUUGAAAUUAAAAGGUAUCCAAAGCCACAGGGAUUUUCUAUGGAGUGGAUUAAGUGUUUUGACGACUUCCUUUUUUGUAACUGCAACAUAGAUAAAGAAGGAUGGAUUUCAUACUGCUUAUGAAUAUUCAAGGUGUUAUUGCUUUACUUUAAGACCAUCAGCACUGAGAAAUCUGGUAGAAUCAUGUUCAUAGACAGUGCAGCUGGAGAUUUGUCGUCUUUCCUCAAUCUUACAAACUAUAAGCACCACUUCUGUCUCCAGAAUACUGUAGCCAACAUAGUAUUAACAGUUGGAAGCCCCUGCAACAUUAACCGAGUAUAAUCAGUACGCAUGAAGAGUUUGUACCGAGCUGUUUAUGACUCUUUAUAUUCAAACAUAACAUAUAUACUCAGUUGAACCAUAUGUAUUACUCUAUCAGAUUAUGUACUUGUUAAAGAGCAUAUUAGUGCUUAGUACAAUAUUAAGUUUUAACUGGGAUUAACCCACUAAGCAAGUUCAACAGUUUGCCAGUUUGUGGUAACUUGUGUUAACCUGCAUUUCAAAGGGCAAUGACUCACUUGCAAAAUUCUGUCCUGUUAUCACUCCAAAUUAUAAAGGCCUCAAUGUACAUCCAGAAAGGGAGGUAUUCUCAGAUUCAUAUUUUCUAGUGGUUGCUGUCUGGAAAAAGAAUACUCGUUGUAAAUGUUACAGUACGUUUCUACUUUCUCUAACUUAAACUGUUGCCUGCAUCUUUUUUGCUACAUGUAAGGCAAAUUUUUGCACUAUAUUAGUGCAGCAUGAUAUGCACUUAACUGGUAUUGCCAUAGAAACUGCCUCUUUUCAGAAAGGAUGAUGAUGCAUCUUGUGCAAGGAGUGUCAAGGAGACAGGUCGUGAAUCCUGAAGAGAGUAGCAUUCAGUUUGGACUGUGACGGGAUGGAAUCGGAUGAUGAUGUGUACUGCACGCACCAUUCCUCAUCACAGUAGCCAUUUGUAGUCUAUAUCAUGGCAGUAAUACAAGUGUCUAGUUUCUUUUGCCCCAUCUACCUAUACUAGUAUAGAUUGUCCUGCUGGUUUUUAAUUGUACUUUGGAGGCUGUUUAUGACUAGAUUUUUUAUAUUUGUUAACUUUGUUAGAAAAAAAAAAAGAAAAGAAAAAGAAAGUGGUUGCCCUGUAAUCCUGACUGACAUACUUGCUGUCUAAGAAGAUAUUCUGAUGUUUAUUCAACUGAAAUAAAAUGGUUUUGCUUUUUUUCCCUUCUGCUAGUGAGAGUGUUUUCACUGUUGCUGACAGUGCAAUAGUCAGAGCCCUUUUGUCUUUUCUAAUUAGGAUAAUUGGAUAGACUCUUAAUUACUCAGUUAAAUUCUUGACUAUACUGGCCAGUAAAUGGUAAGAUCAAUAAUUCUGCCAGUUUAAUACUCGUGACUUUUUCUAAACUCUGACAGUAUUCACUGUUAACCUCGUCCAUGCUUAUGGCUUUGCAAUGUUACACUUCUGACAUGAAGCUCCUUGACUUGCCGCUGUAUCUACGUGUCUAUUACAGAUGUGAUUCAUGACCUGAGAAGGGUUAUUCUCAUCAGGCUUCUAUGUGUAGCCUGAACAUAUAAGUGACUGUGCCACUACUAAGCAAUACAAAACUUUAUCAGGCAACCUCUCAAAAAUAGUUGUUAUAUAAAGUUCAAUAUUAGGUCCUCAGGUCUUUUUUAUGAACUAAACCAUUUCUGCCUACUCAUCACACUAUUUACUCAAGAAGCACCCGUUUUUGCACACUGAAUAAAACUGUAGCUUUGCAAACUUUGGCCCAGAUCCACUGAAACUGAUGACAAGACUCUCAUGGACAUCAAUGGAUAACAUCGGUCCUUAGAAAUACCUACUUCUGUUUCAUGUAGAAAAAUUCUUGGAACCAAUGUGUAUUUUGUGAAUGUUCAAGACAGAUUAUAGUCCUGCUUUAACUGUAGCUGACUUCUAUUACCAGUGUGGUGUUGCUCCAUCAAGAAAAUGAACUUUCUCCUACUUCAUAAGUAUUCUCCAAAUGGGAAUGAUGAGUAGAGAGGAACAAUAAUAACAAUAUUCUGUACAGGUUUGAUUUCUCAUUUUAUACCUUGGUCCGGCCACAGUUGGUGAAGUGCCAUGGCUCCCUGCCACAGCAGUAAUUCUUUCAUAUAUGUGUUGCAGGACUGGGGGCUUCAGUUUUACAUCACUGUAAAGAUCCAUAGUGAAAAAACAAAUCUUGAUGAAUUUAAUUACUUAAGCAUUUUUUUUUUUAGUAGAAAAUAAGAAAAAAAACUAGUUUAUUCUUGUUUUGUCAGACACACAAAAAUUAAAGUGGAAAAGUUACAAAGUUUUUAAGAAUUAUAAUGUGGAGACAUAAAGCUUAAUCAUGAUUUCGUACUUUUAAAAGUCUGACUCUGUGUUGUCAAAUAGUAUUGGACCAAUAGGGAAUUGAGGGAACAGGGUUUCUUUCAUUGCAAUGAGUCAUCUUUAUAUUAUACUAUACUGGCUGGUCUUAGCAAGAGCUGUUGCCUAGUUCUUGCCUUGAAGGUUUUUAUGCCCUAAGUCUAAGAAUUUAGUAACUUGAAUUUAACGGUAUGCCAUCUUCUUUUACUCAUCAUAUAAAAUGGACAAACGAAGAAAGAGAUACAACAAUUUUUUAAAUAUGUUUGGCCUUUGCAAUCCAUGCAAGUAUUUGAGUAUGUGUUAUAUUUUAUAUCUGGUCAGUGAAUUUUGCAGGUGCACAUCUGCAUCAUACUAGUGCUGCAUUUAAAAUGUAGAGUGCAUUUUUAUUACUUUUUUUACUUUAUAAACAAAGUGCAUGGAAAUUUGAAGCCCGAAUGGCUUUCCUUAUUAUCAAGAAAAAAAUAUUAGUCUAUAACAAGGGCUGAAAUUUUAUGUAAAGCCUAAAUGUUGCAUAAGUGAUUCAGCCCUUUAGCAUUAAAACAGAAAUAAAUAAAGGUGAAUUAUCAGUAUAGAAUGGAAAGCAAUUUGCUUUUAAAAUCAGAGUGCUUCUACAAAUCCAGUGCCUAAAGCAGCCACUACUGUUGAUCGUUAGUUUGUGAAAGUAAUGUUUCCAGUGAUCAAAUAAACCAUUCAGAAAAUGUAGACAUUUUCCUGUUGAUGUGGUGGUUUGUAUUUUCCUUUUUAAAUCUGUAGUUUCUAGAUUACUGUGUCUGCUUUGAGUCCUGGAGCAGUUCCUUUUUGAAGCUGUGGUGCAACUGCACAAGGUUGUUUAUAUUUGGUAUAAAGCAUCAAUUUUGAAACUCCCUUCUUCCUGCCAAAAUGUAAUAAAGUUUGUUUUCUAAUACUAGAAUCCGAAGAGACCAAUUUAAAAAUUCUUUGUAUAAAUCACUGUAAAAUAUACCGUGAGUGAAACAGAAAUCUGUCCUUUUACCUUUAUGUAAAUUGUGCUCACCCAAAGUUAAGAGUUUAUUUUGCCUAACUUAAUUUACUUGAAUAUUUAUUUUGUAGAACAAGGAGGCAGCUGUCUGAGGAAUGUUUACUUUUUGUUAAUGUUAAUUUGUAAAUUGUGUAAUGCAUUUUUAUUUUUUAAAUUCUGUAUAUUUCUUUUUUAAUGCACAAAAUGUUUAUGUACAAGUACUGCAAAUUUCUGUAUAUUGUCACUAAGCUUUAUUCAGUUAAUACAGAUAACGUGAAAAUGUAGCAAGUCUUACAUUUUCAACUGAGUUAUUUUUACGUAACUGAUAUAUGCUGACAAUAAAUAUAAACACAAAAUCAUUUAUUGCCUUUGUUUAAUAGAUGUAGUAUACUAUGUUGGGAUAGAGUAACAAUAAGAGCCAAAUCCCUAGAAUAUACCAACUUUUAAACAGUCUCUUUUUUGAAAGAAGCUAGCAAACAUAUUCUUGUUAAAAAUUAGUAUUUCUCUUUAAAAAGAAAGAGGAAAAACUUUCUGAAGUUAUUAUCAUAAAUAUCAAGGUCCAUUGCUACAGUCCUUGUUGACAUAGAAGUUUAUAAUGUAUAUUUAAUUGAUCUAUAAAUGUCCAAUAAAUGCAAUAAAUCAAUGAUAUUUUAAAUUUUCUUCCUUAAUUGCCCUUUUUAGGCCAGAAAAAACUACCCAUUUAUGGAGAAAGGGUGGACCAAGAUCUCACUAAAAGGCAUCUAUUCACUUCAGUGAAGCUGAAUCUGUCCCUGCCCACACAGGGAAGGAACAGGGAACAAAACCCACCUCCUCCAAAUAAAAAAACAUGCCUAAUGCAAUCAACUUACAUCCCAAUCAUUGAAUUAACAUUACCAAAUUCACUCUAAUUUCUUCUAGAAUAAAAAAGUUGUGGUUGAUUACCUAAGGAAAAAAAGUGACUCUGCAGCUUUUCCACAACUGCUCAUAUUCUCUCUGUGCUCUCCAAAACUCAAUUUUUUCAUGUCCAUUUCUGCAGUGCAUAUUUGCACACCAGUUCAUGCGGGCUUGUCUGAUUUCAAUAGUUAUUACCUUUCUAGUAAUGCUUCUAGGCUAAGCCUUAAAAGAUGUAAACCCAGUUUUGAGAGAACAAGCUUGCCUGCCUGUUUAUUUUUCAGCAGAGGGAACAGGUGACUCAUUUCGUUUACCUUCAUUUGGGCAGUGCCCCUGGCUGUGGAGAGGAUUGUCCUCUGAUGACAUGCUGGUGAAGCAUCUCCUACGUGCUACUGAAAAUGGGCAUCUUUGCUAUAUCCUAGUUUGAUCUAAAGGAUUGUGAGGCUUACUGCGAGGCACACCUUCAGCAAUACUUGGCAGGUGCCAUUGCCAUUCCUGUUUGCUGUCAGGCAACUUUUCACUGGGAGAGAGUUGAGCCUUGUGAGAGUGCAGUAGUCUCAGGGUGGCAGACAUUAACGCUCAUUUGCUCGUACUCACAUGUUCUGGUGUUUUAAGGUAACCUUUCCAGCCUGACGUAUAAGCCAUUUCUGGUACUCAUAUUCUGACCUGCCUUGACAAGCUGAUACUGUUGGAUGCUGCCUAAUCCUGCUGCUUGUCCCAGUCUGAUUAAGUAACAUCUGUGCUGAAAAGGACACAGGAAUAGUGGACAACAAGCCGACCAUGACUCAGCUGCAGACUGUGGCAGUGAGAGAGGCAACACAAGGCUGCAUUGGCAAGAGCUUGAAGGAAGUCCUUAGUCCUCCAAACUCUCAUAAGGCUCUGUUGAGAGCUCUUUGUGUCGUUUGGGCCCCUGUUGGGCAAGAGGAAAAGUCCUUCAGCCUGUCACUAUGAUAAGGCUAAAACUUAGCCCUACAAACAUAAUCCAUUAUCAUAGCUAUUGUUGUUUUCCAUGUUCAAAGAAAUCACAUUUUGAACAGUUCAGGGUUGAGCCCAUUUAUUAUUCCUAUGCAUUUAUGUGUUCACAAGUCCUUUGUCUUUUUAGAAAAAAAAAAAAAUUUGGUACUUGUCUGUCUAUAGAUGAGACAUUGUUGGCUCCCACAUAUGUUUUAAGAUUUUGUGGACAAUAUUCAAAACCGAGUCCUGAAAUUUAUAAGAAUUAUAUUCUGAAAUUGAGAUUAUUGAAUGACAUUUUGUUUAUUGUUUUAUGAGGGCAGAGGAUUGCUUAUUUGUUUCUAAAUAAAUAUCAGGUCAGGUUAGCUUACAAAUAAAUAAUGGUUACUCAAAAAUUCAGUGUUGAGCUUGAAAGCAAGUCUAAAUUUUUUCCUUCCCUUCACAAUUAUAAAACCAAACCCCCUUUCUCACUCAUAUGUGUCAAACUGUGACUUAUAUCUCUGCUUUUUAAUUCUUCCCAGUGCUGCUUAUUGGUAUACGCAUAUUGUAAUAGCAAUAUAAUUUGAACCCAUGACGAUCAUUUGGCUAACAUUUCUGUGAAUACACAUUCUCAGUUUGUUGGCUAGCCAGUAUUGGCAGACUAUGUUUAAUGUGGUGCCUAAUGAAGUUCUUCAAAAACCUCUCCCAAACUUACUUACACAACUUGUAUCACAGAAAAAAUAUGAAAACUGUCACAGGAAAACAAAGGAAUAGUGACAUAUUGUGUCUUGUUUUCAUACUCUAAACCUGAUUCCCUUAAGAAGUUUAUUCCAAUGCCCCCAUUGUGUCUCGGUGCUUGAAGCAAAUGCCAGAUUUCAUCCUUACCUGGAAGUUUUCUGGUUUGUGCUCAUUGCUAUCAUAGCCUUAAUUCUCUUUUGAUGUGUCUUCUCACUCUUAAGAUCAUGGUUAGACAACAAUAGUUAGCAGUUGACAACACACAGGUUUUUGAAGGCAUGCUGUCAAAAGCAAAGAUAAGCAUAAUUAAAAUGUGAAUUUUGAGGCUAAAAUAAUUUGUUUCCUCUCUUCAUGCAACCAAUGCUGCAGCUAUAUAUUUGAAAACCUUGAAGAUACCUAAUUCUACAUGUUUCGGGUUCAACCAUACCAUUCUAUUGCUGUUACUUUACACUUUCUGUACUGUUUCCUUGUUAUACUCAUUAUGUGUUAAUUUUCAUUGUAAAACAAUAGUAAGGGCUGUCGCCUCUAUGUUUACAAUUAUAUCAGAACAGAAUACUCCCUCUUUGGA